AUGAUUAACCCAAACCAGCCAUACGUUAUGCCGAGCUAUAAGACUGCCCACCAGUCUUCACAUAUCCUCCACUAUAUGGCAACCGACAUGUAUUGGGAAAUCGACUCACAAAUAGCGGCCGUUUUGCUGGACAUCGACAACACAUACGAGUCGUGUUUUGCCGGCAAUAUUACAGAUAAACCACCCGUAUCUGGACUUGACUCACAAAUAGCGGCCGUUUUGCUGGACAUCGACAACACAUACGAGUCGUGUUUUGCCGGCAAUAUUACAGAUAAACCGUUUUGCGAUCAAAUAACUGACACACGAAAAGACCCGUAUCUGGACUUUGUAUGCAUUUAUUCAACAUUCACACAAAUUCCCGGCGUAAGCGCCACACAACCCGUUUAUGGCCUAAAAAUCAUUCAAUACAAUCGGAUGACAAACGAGAUCUUUUACAAAAGAAGCCUAGAGUUCCCACAACUGAAGCAAAUGUGUAACAAUGCAUACGAAGUGCCGCUAAAAGAGGCGCAACAUUCUGGAAAUUUGCCCACAAAUGCGAUUUUACUGCCAAUUAGUGGUUAUCUUCGUAUGAAAUACAAUGCAUUCGUGAAGAAUAGUAACGGAACUCAUAUAGAAGUGGAGUACGAGAGGACUGUCAUUAUGUUUGAGAAGUCGGUGACGGAAAAUGUAAUGGUUUUGUCCGACACGUCACACAUUCUGACCGAUGUUUCCGAUUAUUUGAAGACAAUUCACCACAUCAUCCGUUUGCAAGACAUUAACCGUUUGAUCGCAAUCCCAAUGAAAGCCGGCAUUAAUACGAGUUUAUCGCAAGGUUUUUACGAGAAGACGGCCUCCAAAUAUAUUUUUCGCGCAUCCAAAUUACAACUCAAACAUGUUUUCCGAUGUCUCGAAGAGGCCGUGCCUUUCAAUCCACACGUGUUUUGUUCGGUGAAACAAAAGUAUGAUUCAGUUUUCAGUCUGGGAUUUGACUAUUAUUUCAAAAAAGACGACACAUAUCAACCCAUUCAUGGCUUUACAUACAAACCACUCUAUAGUGACGAGUGCUCUACAGAUGACAAAACAUGUAAUUCAUUCUUCCAGAGCUCACCAUUUCAUUAUCAUCUUUGCAUUUAUGGAUUUAAACCGUCGCUGAAUGCGUCCGGAGUUCACUCACAAAUCAAAUCCUAUCGAUACUCAACAACUGGUAUUCAUCCCAAACAAGAAAGCUCACCAUUUCAUUAUCAUCUUUGCAUUUAUGGAUUUAAACCGUCGCUGAAUGCGUCCGGAGUUCACUCACAAAUCAAAUCCUAUCGAUACUCAACAACUGGUAUUCAUCCCAAACAAGAAGACAAUAUGUGUUCGGCAGUGUUUAGGCUCACUGUCGACACGGACUAUACAGUUGUGUCCGCGGUGUCCAACCCGUCCUCUGCAGUGAACGAUCCCUCUUCUGAAAAAUUGAAAGACCUGUUCGCGUGUCCGCACAGAUAUAUCUAUCUUUCAGUCAGUAAUCGUAGAAAAGACACGAGAGAACGUGUCGUCGGAUAUACAGUGGACUACGAUUUUGCCUCAAAAGUGAGAAACGGAUCGGAAACAUAUGAAGUGGUAUUUCACGGCAAAAGUCACCAAAAAUACCAAAUGUUGGGACAAAACAUAUUUGCAAUGUUUUCAAUGAGAAUAGAUUUGGGCGUAAAAUCAUUGCUUCCGAUCACUAAUACCUCUCGAUUUAUAGGUAAGAGCUUUAUUGCCAUUACAUUUGGUUCGGUGUCAACGAUAAUCCCCAGCAAUCAGUCGAUCACAGCUAUUGGCGCUUCCUAUUGGAAGUCUCAGUCAUACCUGUAUUGGCUCACAAACCCUAUGCACUUACGGGCUCUCUAUUAUGUCUCAGACACCAAAUGGAGAUUUUUGUUUCCUUUUGAGCAUAACUUCGAUAUUAAGUAUUGGAAUGAAAGGAAAGCCGUUCUCAACGGAAAAGUCAUCGGAUUUUUCACUCUUGAAUCCGACAAAACGCCAAUGAUUUACGCUCUCAUUGAAGAGUCU